AUGGCCUCGGGUCCCGCGGAGGCGGACACGCGACAGAGGCUGCUGCGCACCGUCAAGAAGGAGGUGAAGCAGAUCAUGGAGGAGGCCGUCACACGCAAGUUUGUCCAUGAAGAUAGCAGCCACAUCAUCUCCUUCUGUGCGGCUGUGGAGGCCUGUGUCCUGCAUGGGUUGCGGCGGCGGGCGGCUGGCUUUCUGCGUAGCAACAAGAUUGCAGCUCUGUUCAUGAAAGUGGGCAAGAACUUCCCGCCGGCUGAGGAGCUGAGCCGCAAGGUGCAGGACCUGGAGCAGCUGAUCGAGAACGCGCGAAACCAGAUCCAGGGCCUCCAGGAGAAUGUGCGGAAGCUGCCGAAGCUACCCAACCUGUCUCCACUCGCCAUCAAGCACCUGUGGAUUCGCACUGCCUUGUUUGAGAAGGUGCUGGACAAAAUUGUGCAUUACCUGGUGGAAAACAGCAGUAAGUACUACGAGAAGGAAGCCCUCCUGAUGGACCCGGUGGAUGGCCCCAUCCUUGCGUCUUUGUUGGUGGGGCCCUGUGCCCUGGAGUACACCAAGAUGAAGACUGCGGACCACUUCUGGACUGACCCCUCGGCGGAUGAGCUGGUGCAGAGGCAUCGCAUUCACAGCUCACACCUGCGCCAGGACUCCCCCACGAAGCGUCCGGCCCUCUGUAUCCAGAAGAGGCAUUCGAGUGGCAGCAUGGACGACCGACCAUCCCUCUCUGCCCGUGACUACGUAGAGUCCCUGCAUCAGAACUCCCGGGCCACACUGCUCUAUGGCAAGAACAAUGUUCUGGUUCAGCCGAGGGAUGAUAUGGAGGCUGUGCCAGGGUACCUGUCCCUGCACCAGACAGCUGAUGUCAUGACCUUGAAAUGGACGCCUAACCAGCUGAUGAACGGGUCGAUGGGAGACCUGGACUAUGAGAAGAGCGUCUACUGGGACUAUGCCAUGACCAUCCGCCUAGAGGAGAUUGUGUACCUGCACUGCCACCAGCAAGUGGACAGCGGCGGGACAGUGGUGCUGGUCAGCCAGGACGGGAUCCAGAGGCCGCCCUUCCGCUUCCCCAAGGGAGGGCACCUCCUGCAGUUCCUCUCGUGCCUGGAAAAUGGGCUGCUCCCUCAUGGGCAGCUGGACCCUCCACUCUGGUCUCAGCGGGGAAAGGGCAAAGUAUUUCCCAAACUGCGCAAGCGAAGCCCUCAGGGUUCCGCCGAGUCCACGUCUUCAGACAAGGAAGAUGAUGAGGCCACAGAUUACGUGUUCAGGAUCAUCUACCCCGGCAUGCAGUCUGAAUUCGUCCCCCAGGACCUGAUGGAUGUCUCCGUGAGCAACCUACCGCCCCUAUGGCAACCCAGCCCCCGGAAGUCCUCCUGCUCAUCCUGUUCACAGAGUGGCUUGGCCGAUGGUGGCUCAUCCAAUGGGUGCAACCAUGAGAGGGCCCCGCUGAAGCUCCUCUGUGACAACAUGAAGUACCAGAUCCUUUCCAGAGCCUUCUAUGGAUGGCUUGCCUACUGCAGACACCUGUCCACCGUGAGGACCCACCUGUCAGCCCUGGUCAAUCACAUGAUCGUGUCUCCGGACUCGCCCUGUGAUGCCGGGCACGGGCUGACGGCCAGGAUCUGGGAGCAGUACCUUCAGGACAGCACAAGUUACGAGGAGCAGGAGUUGCUACGCCUCAUCUACUAUGGGGGCAUCCAGCCGGAGAUCCGCAAGGCCGUGUGGCCCUUCCUCCUGGGCCACUACCAGUUCGGGAUGACAGAAACAGAGAGGAAGGAGGUGGACGAGCAGAUUCACGCGUGCUACACACAGACAAUGGCCGAAUGGCUGGGCUGUGAGGCAAUCGUGCGGCAGAGGGAGCGGGAGUCCCACGCGGCUGCCUUGGCUAAAUGCUCGUCAGGGGCCAGCCUGGACAGCCACCUGCACCGGAUGAUGCACCGGGACUCCACCAUCAGCAAUGAGUCCUCCCAGAGCUGCAGUUCCGGCCGGCAGCAUGUCCGCCUGCAGAGUGACUCCAGCAACAGUACACAGGUGUUUGAGUCCGUGGACGAAGUAGAGCAGGUAGAGACAGAAGGCAGGUUGGAGGAGAAACAGCCCAAGAUCCCCAAUGGGAACCUGGUGAAUGGCACCUGCUCCCCGGACUCUGGCCAUCCCUCUUCCCACAACUUCUCCUCGGGCCUCUCGGAGCACUCAGAGCCCAGCCUGAGCACAGAAGAUAGUGUCAUGGACGCCCAGCGCAACGCCCCCCUGGCGCUCCGACCUGGGGACAGCAGCGCAGAUGACGGGCAGAGCAGCGAGGCCACCACCUCCCGGGAGGAGGCCCCCCGCGAGGAGCUGGCCGUGCAGGACAGCCUGGAGAGCGACCUCCUCGCCAAUGAGAGCAUGGACGAGUUCAUGUCCCUCACCGGCAGCAUGGACGUGGCCCUGCCCGAGAAGGAGGGGGCCGCCAUGGAGGGCUGGGGGGGCGGCGAGGUGGAGAAGCACAGCCAGGUGGACAGUGAGGACAACCUCUCAGAAGAGCCCGAGAUGGAAAGUCUCUUCCCCGCCCUGGCUUCUCUGGCCGUGGUCACUUCUGCCAACAACGAGGCGUCCCCCGUGUCUUCCAGCGGUGUCACUUACUCUCCAGAGCUCCUGGACCUGUACACGGUGAACCUGCACCGCAUCGAGAAGGAUGUGCAGAGGUGUGACCGCAACUAUUGGUACUUCACGCCCGCCAACCUGGAGAAGCUGCGCAACAUCAUGUGCAGCUACAUCUGGCAGCACAUUGAGAUUGGCUAUGUCCAGGGCAUGUGUGACCUCCUGGCUCCAUUGCUGGUCAUCCUGGAUGAUGAGGCCCUCGCCUUCAGCUGCUUCACAGAGCUCAUGAAGAGGAUGAACCAGAACUUCCCCCACGGAGGCGCCAUGGACACGCACUUUGCCAACAUGAGGUCGCUGAUCCAGAUUCUGGACUCAGAGCUCUUUGAGCUGAUGCAUCAGAACGGGGACUACACUCACUUCUACUUCUGCUACCGCUGGUUCCUACUGGAUUUCAAGCGAGAACUCGUCUACGAUGACGUCUUCUCUGUCUGGGAGACCAUCUGGGCAGCCAAACAUGUCUCGUCCGCCCACUACGUCCUCUUCAUCGCGCUGGCUCUGGUGGAGGUCUACCGUGACAUCAUCUUGGAGAACAAUAUGGACUUCACGGACAUCAUCAAAUUCUUUAACGAAAUGGCCGAGCGGCACAACACCAAACACAUCCUGAAGCUGGCCCGGGACCUCGUCUACAAGGUGCAGACUCUGAUCGAGAACAAGUGAGGGCCUGCUCUCCCUGGGCCGUGUCUGCCGAGCUGCCCGCCCGCUUUUCCUUCUGGCCGCCCCGGGCGCGAGGUCCCCGUGUCUGUUCAUGAGCAUGGACUUCUGUGCAAAGAAAAACUACCCCAACUUUGGCCACCCGGGCAGGUGGGGUCGAGGGGUUGCCCCUUCAGUUCAGCCUUACGUUUUUCCGUUUGACCAAAGAUUGUCC